GGCGUCACUAUGGAGCAGUAACUUGCGAGGGGUGCAAAGGAUUCUUCAAGAGGAGCAUCCGGAAGAAUUUGGUGUACGCCUGCCGAGGAACGAAAGACUGUGUCAUUAACAAGCACCACCGCAACCGGUGUCAGUACUGCCGGCUGCAGAGGUGCAUCGCCUUCGGCAUGAAGCAGGACUCUGUGCAGUGUGAAAGGAAACCUAUUGAAGUGUCAAGAGAAAAGUCUUCAAACUGUGCAGCUUCUACAGAGAAGAUCUACAUUCGGAAAGACCUCCGUAGUCCACUAGCUGCAACUCCAACUUUUGUAACAGACAAUGAAACAGCAAGAUCAACAGGUCUGCUGGAAUCAGGAAUGUUUGUUAACAUCCAUCAGUCUGCAAUAAAAAGUGAGCCUACUGUUCUAAUGACUCCAGAUAAGGUUGAAGCAUGUCAGGGAGACUUAAGUACACUGGCAAAUGUGGUGACCUCGCUAGCAAAUCUCAGUAAAUGCAAAGACGUGUCACAAAGCAGUACAGACCUAUCUAUGAUUGACAGCUUAAGUAACGGAGAUGCAUCGUUAUCUGAACUCCAGCAAGAACAAGAAGGUGGUAGUGAUGUUACAAGGGCAUUUGAUACUCUUGCAAAAGCAUUAAAUCCAGGAGAGAGUGCAGGGUGCCAGAACUCUGAAGGUAUUGAAGCUGGUGUGCAGCUAAUUGGAGGAGAAACGAGCAUGAAUAUCGUUGAAAUAGAGGGGCCGCUACUCAGUGAUGCGCAUGUAGCCUUCAGGCUCACCAUGCCUUCUCCUAUGCCUGAGUAUCUUAACGUUCACUAUAUCUGCGAGUCUGCCUCCAGGUUGCUUUUCUUGUCCAUGCACUGGGCACGUUCCAUUCCUUCUUUCCAAGCUUUAGGACAGGAUAACAGCAUAUCAUUAGUAAAAGCCUGCUGGAAUGAACUUUUUACGCUUGGCCUUGCACAAUGUUCACAAGUUAUGAACGUGGCAACUAUACUAGCUGCAUUUGUUAAUCACCUUCAUGGCAGUUUACAGCAAGACAAGCUGCCAACAGACAGGGGAAAACUAGUAAUGGAGCAUAUCUUCAAACUGCAAGAGUUCUGUAACAGCAUGGUUAAGCUUUGCCUAGAUGGAUAUGAAUAUGCAUAUUUGAAAGCAAUCGUCCUCUUCAGUCCUGACCACCCAGGUCUAGAAAAUGUGGCACAGAUUGAGAAAUUUCAAGAGAAGGCUUACAUGGAGUUCCAAGACUAUGUAACAAAAGCAUAUCCCGAUGAUACUUACAGACUGUCUAGACUUCUUCUGCGGCUGCCUGCUCUCCGGCUGAUGAGCGCUGCCAUCACGGAGGAGCUGUUCUUUGCAGGACUCAUUGGCAACGUUCAGAUCGACAGCAUCAUCCCCUACAUCCUGCGCAUGGAGACCGCCGACUACAACUCGCAGAUCAUCGGCCACGCCCUAUAAGAGCAGCAGGCAAGGAUUCUGUACCAUGGCACUCGUGGUGGUGUAAAUGCGUACCCUGUCUCCAAGAGAUGGCGAGAAGCCUUCCCCUGCACCUUUCCAAAGAAGGCUAAUAUUCCUCCUUUCCAGGACACUUGGGAAAUGUGGUGGAGUGUAUUGAGAAGUGUAGGAUCACUUCCUGUUUUUCAUCUGAUCUUCAAGGACUUGUAAAUUAACUUGAUAUCUGAAGAAAGUCAAGAAUUGUCCAUCCUAUUUUUGUAGAUAGAUGAACUUGGAAUAUUUGUUUAUGAAAUCCAGGCUUGUGAAGAAGCUGAAGAAGCUUUGACUGAACUAAGGUAUCUCAACUUAGUUUGAUGUUUUAGAUAAAUAAAUUAACUUUCCUCUCUG